UUAGAAGUUGGAGCAACCUCCUUGGCUGGGAGACCUAUUAUAUAUUUACUAUUGAUAUGUAGUAGAGCAGUUCACUUGAAAUUUCUACAAUAUACUACGCCUUGCUGUGUUUCCCGAGGCUCCGGAUACACGAAAAUGUAAUGCCAUCCGCUCUGCACACCUUGGGCUAAUGGUCGUGAAUCACGACGGUAGACAUGUGCCGAAUUACGGUAAUCUGUUACAAGAUGGCUGCCUGCAGGACAAGAAUCGACGUUUGUCGUCUGCGUCUGUUAUAUUUGUCAUUGUACAUUGAUAAAUGAUCAGUGCAGUUUGAAAUGAUUUCACAGUUUGUCAUCCUAUCUCAGCACGGGGACAUCUUACUAUUCAAAGACUACAGAGGUGAUGUAGGGAAGGAUUCUCCAGAGCUGUUCUUGCAGAAAAUAAGGGGCUUAUCUGGGGGACUGGCACCUCCAACAUUUCACCAUGAUGGCAUCCACUACCUCCAUGUUAAACACAACAGCCUGUACUUCAUGGCCACAACUAGGAGUAACGUGUCACCAUUCAUGGUCAUUGAACUCAUCAAUAGAGUGGCGAGCUUGUGUAAGGAUUAUUGUGGAGUCCUGUCAGAGGAGGCCAUUAGACUUAACUUCCCACUGGUGUAUGAAAUAUUAGAUGAAGUCAUUGACUUUGGCUACCCACAAGGCACUUCCACAGACAUGCUGAAGGCAUACAUGGAAAAUAGUCCUGUACUGGUGAGAGAGGGCACCACCCCAGGCUUGUUUGGUGCUGAGAGAAGAAUGGUUCCUUCCACUGCAGCCAACAAGUCUAUCAUGGGAACAGCCAUUAAUCAGGGAAGGAAGAAUGAGAUCUUUGUGGAUGUGUUAGAGAGACUGACUGUGCUGAUCAGUACCAGUGGAAGUGUCCUGCGUGCAGACAUUGAUGGCACCAUACAGAUGAAGAGCUUCUUGGUGGGCGUUCCAGAUAUUUCUAUGUCUUUGUCAGACAAUUUAACUGUAAAUCAUGAACAAUGUUUUUUCCUGUUGCCUACAGGUUAUAACAGCCAUGCCCACAUCGAUGAGUGUAGCUUCCAUGAGAGUGUGGACUUGUCAGAGUUUGGACAGAGCAGAGUGCUGACCAUUCACCCUCCACAGGGAGAGUUUCCAGUGAUGAAGUACCAGGCAUCAGGAGACCUGCCUUCCCUACUGCCCUUCAGACUCUUCCCAACAGUGAAUGACCAGGACAGCACCAGGGACAUGGAGCUGGUGCUGAAGGUUUUCUGUGAUGUCCCUUCUACAAGUCAUGCUGUCAAUGUGAUGGUCAGAGUUCCCGUUCCAAAGUCAACAACCAGUGUGUCACACCAGUUGAGUGGCCCAGGUCAAAAUGUAGAGUUCAAGGCACAGGAACAUGUGGUGGCAUGGAACAUAAAGAAGUUCCCAGGUGCCACAGAGCUCACAGCCAGAUUUAAGCUGGCAGUAGCAAACAGAACACCAUCCACGAGGCUGGAGUUAGGCCCAGUCAGCCUGAAGUUUGAACUGCCCAUGUAUAUCUGCUCCCGCCUGCAGAUUAGAUUCUUGAGGUUGUUUGACCAUGAACAGUCCUAUGUUCCUUAUCGCUGGGUGCGCUAUGUCACUCACUCAGACUCGUAUGUUAUAAGAAUAUGAAAUUAAAGAUUCUAACUCGAAAUGUCUGAGAAAUUCUUCACAGUUGUUGCGGUAUAUCAAUAAGUAAUCCUGUGUUCGGAAAUUUUCUCAGGGACACCUAGGUAAAUGUAGCCAUACUAUGUGUUAAUAUGUCUGACAGAUUUGUGCUUUGCCAAGUGUUCUAGAUUUUGUUGAUAAUGUUGCAUAGAAGGGGAGAGGGUUUAAUUCUACAAUCGAUGCAUCCUAAUUAUCAGUACCAAUGGUACAAGAAUCAAGUCCAAGUCUUAACAGUUUGACAGAUACAGGGGUGAGAACAUCAUACAUGUUUACAUAGAAGUGGAACAUAAAACCUUAUCAUGUACACUGUCAACUGAUAGCUAUGAGUAUGAGAUACAUGUAUAACAAAGAGAUCCAUGACCUCAUACCCUCACCAAAUAAUGUUAACCCUUCUGGUGGAACUAAUUUAUUUCGCAAAUAAGAGCCUCAAUUGCAUGAAUCAUUUGAUCAUUUGAUCAUUUGAUCAUAUCCUUCACCCUUAUCUUAAGAAAGAACACUAUUCUAAUAUCUUGUCAUAGAUUAUGCAAAUAAGGUCAUGACAUCUAGAAAGUAUAUAAACUACACAGACGAUGCAAUUUAACUUGAAAUUACCUUUAUUGAGCAACAACUCCUUGUUUCUGUCCAUGCAUUAAAGAUCAGAAGACUCAGAACAACCCAAA